AUGUCGAACGCCUCGGAAGAUACCAUUGAAACCUGGCCACAAACCGGUCUGGGCAUAGAGUCUCAAGAUAAUAAGCCCUUGAAAACGGUUAAAGCGUCCGGUGGUGUCGAUGCCCUUGAAAACGGAGAGAUUUAUGUGAGCUGGGACGGGCCUGAAGAUCCAGCGAAUCCUGGAAACUGCUUUGGCUUAGGCGUCACUGGCUUGACAUAUCUGGGACUUGGGGUUGGUUGUUCCAUCGGCAUGAUUGGCUUCGGCUUGGCAUCUGAUCGAAUCAUGAAGUCUAUGACUGCAAAAGGUAAACCAAACAAACCUGAAUACAGGCUGAUAACUAUGAUCCCUGGAGCUGUUCUUUUACCAAUUGGACUUCUCUGGUAUGAAUGGACAGCUGAGAAGGGGGUGUUUUGGCUAGUACCAAUAAUCGGCACGGGGAUUGCAGGAUGCGGUAUAAUAACUAUAUGGAUAUCCAUACAAGUUUAUCUCGUCGAUGCUUUCACGAUGUAUGCCGUCUCUGCCGUGGCCGCGAAUACUAUUAUACGCUCUGUGUUUGGAGCAUUUCUGCCCUUGGCAGGACAGCCUCUCUAUAAUGCGCUAGGUCUGGGCUGGGGGAAUACAUUGCUUGCUUUCAUUGCAUUGGCCAUGAUCCCAAUACCGUGGGUCUUUUUGCGCCAACGCAAUUGA